AGCGGAUGACAGUGCGUCACUGUCGGCCGCGCGUACGGAGCAAAAGUACACUCAUGCGCGUUCACACGCCACUUAGCCAAAGAAUAUAAUGGAAUCCGAGUGCUGACGUAAUCCCAGCACGGAUAAGGAACUGCUCAAGAGUCCGGUCCAUCUUCACAGUGAAUGCCCUUGUAAUUUACUUCCAGCUGGACUCUUUUCUAAUACAAACAGUGCUUUUUGUUCUCUCAUGAAUCCAUGUCAAGUGCCACUUCCUCUGUACUGUCAGCAGUAGGUGAUAUGUGUUAAAUAAAAGUCAGUUGUUGUCUCAUCACCAUGGCAUUGCCAGAGCAGCACCAGCCUCUGCACGAGACGGAGAUGAGGUGUGAUAGUGAAGUGGGAGCUGCUACUGUGCAAAUAACAGACAGCCGUAAUCAACAGGUGGGUCCAGGUAAGGAGGGCGACCCUGUCGACAUGGGCUCCUCCAAACCUUGCAAAUACAGUAUCUCGUCGAGCUGCAGCUCGGGGGAGUUGGGUGUUCCCAGGGCUGUGAGGACUCAUCGGAGCAGACCAAGGAGAGUGCCGCCACUUUUUGAGAGAUCUGCCGCGCAGUGCUGGGACCCCAAGUUUAACUCGGCCAUCCUGGAGGAGGCAUGCAGGGAACGUUGCUUCCCGCAGAUGCAGAGGAGGUUCCGCUACAUACUGUUUUACCUGGCUACCGCCGCGCUUCUGUGGGGGAUAUACUUUGGGAUCAAUAGCACCAGGUGUGACCCUACAAAGUUCCUGGUCCCCACGGCAGGGUUUCUUGUACUGUGCCUCCUCCUCCUCUGGUUUACGUUCUCAAGGCCAUAUGCACGUUACUACAACCACACAUCCUUCCUACUUACGGUGAUCAUGUUUGGGAUCACCCUGGCGCCUCAAAUGCACACUGCACACUUUGCUAAUUUUGAUGUACAAAAAAAUCAGUCACUAUUACCUACGUAUCAAAAUGCUCCGUGUAUAUCACCCGUUGGGACGUUCUCCCUCUGUAUAGAGGUGCUGCUUUUGCUGUACAGUGUGUUGCAUUUGCCCCUGUAUGUGUCGGUGCUUCUCGGCCUGCUAUAUUCUGUCCUCUAUGAGGCUUUAGGCUGGCUGAACCUUGCUCAGAUGGAUUAUAGCUAUGUAGGGUCGGAAAGGUUGGACUUGCAAACUCUGAGCUGGCUUGUCCUAGGUAAAGUCCUGCUGCACCUGUGUGCACAUAUCAUUGGCAUCCACAUAUUCAUCAUGUCCGAAGUGCGCUCUCGGAGUACCUUUCUCAAGGUAGGUCAGGCAAUCAUGCACGGGAAGGGCCUUGAGGUGGAGAAGGCACUGAAGGAGCGGAUGAUCCACUCCGUGAUGCCCCAGGUGGUGGCGGACGAGCUCAUGAAGCAAGGAGAUGAGGAAAAUGAGAGCUCUGGGAAACGAUACAGCGCAGGUGCCUGCUCCGUCAACGCUGCGUCCACCGCAACCUCGUCCAGCCCCAAAAGCAACAAGCGUAAGAAGAACUCUAUCCCUCGUGGACAAAUCAUUUUCAGGCCCUUCAACAUGAAGCGAAUGGAGCCGGUGAGCAUCCUCUUUGCAGACAUCGUGGGAUUCACCAAAAUGAGUGCCAACAAGUCCGCCCCUGCACUGGUGGGAUUGCUUAAUGACCUCUUCGGGCGCUUUGAUCGUCUGUGUGAGUCGACCCACUGCGAGAAGAUCAGCACUCUAGGAGAUUGCUACUAUUGCGUGGCGGGCUGCCCUGAGCCACACACCGAUCACGCGUACUGCUGUGUGGAAAUGGGGCUUGGGAUGAUCCAGGCCAUCGAGCAGUUCUGCCAGGAGACGUCGGAGACCGUGGACAUGCGUGUCGGCGUGCACACCGGAACAGUGCUCUGUGGUAUUCUGGGAAUAAAACGCUUUAAGUUUGACGUUUGGUCCAAUGAUGUCAACUUGGCCAAUCUUAUGGAACAGCUGGGCGUGGCGGGAAAGGUGCACUUGUCGGAGAUCACAGCAAGUUUUUUGGAUGACCGUUAUGAGAGGGAGGAUGGACGAGUGAUGGAACGUGUUGGGCACAGUGUUACUGAUCAGCUGAAAGGUUUAAAGACGUAUCUGAUCUCGGGAAGGAAGAUGGGCUCGCACUGUGGCUGUUCCCAGGUCAGUCUGGGUCGAGACUUCAGCGAGAUGUUGAGCCCGUCCUCAAACACACACACUCCAGAUCACACACACCGCGUCGCCGCUGAACCGCUCUCGCACGACAAGCCUGUGUGUACAUCAUGUAGCAUCUCUGUAGCUGUUGUUGACAGUCCGAUAGCCGAUGAAGCAACUCGAAAUGGCUGCCAGGAUGAACCUCGAGACAACAGCAGCAAGUAUCCUGUUGGCCGUAGCCCUAAAACCCUGAACGGGCUGUUGAGUCCUCAGUGUGAGGAACAGGCGACGGUCAGCCAGUCGUCCCUGUGCGACAAACUCCAGGACAGGAGCUGGGUAGGAAGUGUGGCCACCGUAGGAGGCAUGGACCACUCAGCCAUCCUCCCACUGCGCUCCAAGAACUUUAGGGAGAAAAGCGACGUGCACUUUGUGGAAGUGAUAAAGGGAGACAGUCUGAUGAAGGAUUACUUCUUCAAACCGCCCAUCAACAAGCUAAGCCUGAACUUCCUUGAGAAAUCUCUGGAGUCAGCUUAUCGCACCAGCUACCAUGCUGAGGUGUUGAAUCAGGUGCCGGUGCGGACGUUUGCCAGUCCAGUCUUCAGCUCGCUGCUCGAUGUUCUGCUGUCUUGUGCCGUUUUCCUCGCCCUGACCUUUGCCUGCUUCCUGUAUCCCCUUGUUACAAUGGAGACGCCCCUGGCAGCCACACUCUGUGUGGCCAUCACAGCCGCUCUGCUGGAACUGGUUUCUCUCGUUCUGUCCAUUCGUAUGGUGUUUUGUCUGGACGAUGUACAGAACUGUACCCGCUCUCUGUUGAAGCUGGUGUCUGGCUGGCUCCUGCGUCAUGUGAUCGGGGCUGUGCUCGUGUCACUUCCUGCGGUGUCCGUCUUCUCCCACCUGGCUUACAGUCUGCAGAUGCCCAUCCAGGUGACCAUGUUCCUGUGCUGUGCUCUCAUUAUUGCUAUUAUCCAGUACUGUAACUUCUGCCAGCUGAGUUUCUGGAUGCGCUCCGCUCUGGCCACCGUGGCUGGUGUGUCUUUACUCAUCCUGCUCUACAGUGCCACCACCAGGCCCAGUGCCACUGACAGUUUUCCAGCUUCUAGGAACAUGAGUAACCAGAGUGUCGAAGUAGAUCAGACAGGUGAGUUGGACUCUGCGCCCACAGCUCUCGACCUGCUCGUCCUAGAGACCGUACUCUCCUUCUUCCUCCUGCUGAUGCUGGUUUGGUUUCUCAACCGGGAAUUCGAGGUCAGCUACCGCCUGCAUUACCACGGGAAUGUGGAAGCUGACAAGCAUCGCAUCAAGAUCCAAGCCAUGCGAGAUCAAGCGGACUGGCUACUGCGUAACAUCAUCCCCAUCCAUGUUGCCGAGCAUCUGGAGGUGAACCAGAGUUACUCUAAAAAUCACGAGAAUGUCGGAGUCAUCUUCGCAAGUAUUGUCAACUUCAGCGAGUUCUACGAAGAGAGCUACGAGGGCGGGAAAGAGUGCUACAGAGUACUUAAUGAACUCAUCGGAGACUUUGACGAACUGUUGCGCAAGCCUGCAUUCUCAAAUGUAGAGAAGAUUAAAACCAUUGGUGCCACCUACAUGGCAGCGUCUGGAUUAAAUGGACAGCAGUGCCAAGAGCAGCCACACCCGCACGCCCACCUACGUGCCCUCUUUGACUUUGCCCUUGAAAUGAUGCGCGUGGUGGAUGAUUUUAACAAGAACAUGUUGGGUUUCAAGUUCAAGCUUCGAAUUGGUUUCAACCAUGGGCCCCUGACUGCCGGUGUCAUCGGCACUACCAAGCUGCUUUAUGACAUAUGGGGCGACACGGUCAACAUCGCUAGCCGCAUGGACAGCACGGGAGUGGAGUGCCGCAUACAAGUUAGCGAAGAGAGUCACUGUGUGCUUAACAGAAUGAACUACACCUUUGAUUAUCGUGGCACUGUAAACGUGAAAGGAAAAGGGCAGAUGAGGACUUACCUGUAUCCACAAAUGAACGAAGGCAGAUCGGGGUCCACACAAAGCCUGGAACAAGGCCAGGUGGAUGGCACACUUGCCAAUGCAACAACAACAACAACAUCCGCUGCACCACUACACCCCCCAUCCACCCCUCCCAAUGUUGCCUCAAUCAGUGGCCACGGUGUGCCUCAGGGCCGUGUAUUAGGCCCGUCUCAGAUUACAAAGGCGUUACACCAAGACACUAAGGACAAUUCUCCUGUCCAAGAGCUCACAGAACAGGAUUACGAGAGUCCUUAUCAAGCACCAUCACUAAGUGGUACACAACUUACAUCAGUAGCACAACUAUACGCACCAUUAGCCAGACCAGAGACAUCUUUACAAGGAGAGGAAGAUGAAGCUGCAGAUGAGCGUACAAAGCUCAGGGCAGUGGAGUGAUUCAAGUUUCCUCCUCACAUCAGCUGACCUUCUUUAAGAGCUAAUCAGCAGUUAAUUUUCAGACUCUACUUCUUUCAAGGGGCUUUUCUGACCACAACUGUUGGAGUUCCAACGAGUAGCAUUAGCCUGUAUAGAGAAUAUGUGUUGAUAACGUGACCUAAAUAGAAAAAUGGAUGCUCUGAGCAUCUGCUGUGUGGAUCACAGUGUAGCACAGAGUAGGGAAAUGGAUGGAGUUUAUAUUUCUGAUGUUCUCCAAUUAGUUUUUUUUUGUUUUGUUUAUAAAGUGCCUUCACAAUAUGUAAGAUCAGUCAAAUGAACAAAUGAAAGAAAUGUUUGAACAAAUAUAUCAGCAUGGCUUUUUGAAGAGAUGUGGACAGUGAAAAUGCAGUUUUGUUUUGUAAUGUAUUACACCUCUAAUGCCAUAAUCAUUUUUUUUUUCAUUUAUUUCAGUAUUUCUUUCUCGCUCAAAAUAAUCAAAAACGAGCCAGUUGCUAAUUAGAAACUGGUUGUUUUAAGGUUAUUUCUAAUGAACAUACAGUAUAGCA